AUGGAAGCAAAAACCUCUGUGUUUCUAGCAUUGGCAAUAUGCUCAUUGUUCAUCAAUUUGGCCCAAUGCAGCCAACUAAUCUACCAGGGCAAGUGGAAGCUGCUGAAGAGAAGCAUUGGAGUCUCAGCAAUGCACAUGGCAUUGUUACCAAAUGACAAAGUCAUCAUCUUUGACAGAACAGAUGCUGGUCCAUCCAACCUCACUCUUCCACAAGAGAAGUGCGCAAGAGUUCAUCAUCAAUCAGCUCAUGAAGCCACUGAUUGCUAUGCUCAUUCUGUUGAAUUCAACCCCGCAAACCGCGAUUUUCGACCGCUUACUAUAUCAACCGACACAUGGUGUUCUUCAGGUGCAUUGUCACAAGAUGGUGUGCUUAUACAAAGUGGAGGGUAUGAUGAUGGAUACAAAGUUGUUAGGUACUUCAAGCCCUGCUUAGACUGUGAUUGGAUUGAAGAACAAAAUGGCCUUAUUGUACCAAGAUGGUAUGCUUCCAAUCAAGUCUUACCAGAUGGAAGAAUCAUUAUUGUUGGUGGGAGAUUUCAGUUCAAUUAUGAGUUCAUCCCCAAAACCUCAACUAAUGACAAGAAGCUAUACCAACUUCCAUUCCUUGAAGAAACAAUGCACUUGCCAAAGGUACCCAACAAUUUGUACCCUUUUUUACACCUCUCAACUGAUGGGAAUCUCUUCAUUUUUGCAAACGACCGCGCAGUUCUUUUCGAUUAUGUGCAAAACAAAGUUGUUACAAAGUUUCCAGUCAUGCCAGGAGGUGUUUCGAGAAACUAUCCAAGCACAGGCUCAUCUGCCCUGCUUCCUAUUAGCCUUGUGGGAAAUAACAGCUCUCCAAGUGUUGAAGUUUUGGUCUGUGGAGGGACAUUUCCUGAUUCGAAUGUAAAGGCCAAUGCUGGCGUAUACAUGCCUGCAUCAAAAAGCUGUGGUAGAUUAAUAAUCACAGAAAAAAACCCAAAUUGGGAAAUGGAGGAAAUGCCCAUCAACAGAGUCAUGGGUGACAUGAUUUUGCUGCCAACAGGGGAUGUGCUGAUCAUAAAUGGUGCGGCUAGUGGAACCGCUGGUUGGGCAGUGGCAAGAGAACCGGUUCUGAACCCAGUUCUUUACAAACCAAACCAUGAAAAAACCAGCCGGUUUGAGCUAAUGAGCCCUACAACUAUACCUCGCUUGUAUCACUCAACAGCACAUUUGCUAUCUGAUGGGAGAGUUUUGGUUGGUGGCAGCAACCCAAAUGUGAACUACAAUUUCACUACUUUGUACCCUACGGAGCUCAGUCUAGAAGCAUUUUAUCCACCAUAUUUGAGUACAUCAUCAAGGUCCAGGCCAUCGAUAGAUUUGAUCAAACCGGGAGUGGAUCUUACUUACUUGCAGAAAUUUUACCUGGGAUUUAAGACAAAUUAUGUGCCGGACAAGAUUUACGUGACCAUGGUGGCUCCAUCAUUUACUACACAUUCUUUUGCCAUGAACCAGAGGGUGCUAGUUUUGGACUUCAGCCAAGUGGGGAAGAAUGGCAAUAUAUCUGGUUCUAAAGGCUACAUAAAUCUCGAGGGUUUUGCACCAGCAAGGCCUGAAUUGGCACCACCAGGAUAUUACUUAUUGUUUGUGGUGUGCGAUGGGAUACCAAGUAGAGGAAUGUGGGUUCGCGUUAAGAAGUUGUGA